AUGGCAGUAGUUGGCUGGAAAAACAAGUCCUCUGUGUCGGUAUUCUUGAUUGUUGGAUUAUCUGAAUCUGAAGAACCUCAGCCUCUCCUCUUCCUCAUGUUCCUCUGCAUCUACUUGACCACUGCGAUUGGUAACAUAAUGAUUCUCUCUCUGAUUUCCUUGGACCGACGACUGCACACGCCAAUGUACUUCUUCUUGGCCAACCUCUCCAUCAUUGACAUCAUUGUUUCCUCUAUAACUGUCCCCAAGCUCCUGUCCAUCCUGCUGACUGCCCAGAAGUCCAUCCUCUACUCCGAAUGUAUCACCCAACUGAUUCUUUUCCAACUCUUUGCAGUGACCGAGUGCUACGUUCUGGCAGCGAUGGCCUAUGAUAGAUACGUGGCUAUCUGCUUCCCACUCAACUACACGCUUAUUAUGAGUAGAGUGGUCAGGAUCAGGCUGGUUAUAGCUUGCUGGGCUUAUGGUCUUGUGAACUCAUUAGUCCAAGCUUUUUCCAUCUCCAGUCUUGAUUUUUGUGGUCCCAAUACAGUGGACCAUUUCUUCUGUGAUGUCACUCCUCUCUUAAAGUUGUCUUGUUCUGCCACACCGUUUGCUGAAGCAAUGUUUUUCAUAGUUGUACUUAUCACGGGGAUGGUGCCACUGAUUUUAAUCCUGGUAAGCUAUGGCCGAAUCAUCGCUGAGAUUACAAAGAUUAGUUCCAGCCGAGGGCGCUUUAAGACCUUCUCUACUUGCGCUUCUCAUUUCACAGUGGUGGCCCUGUAUUACAUUAGUGGGCUCUUCAGCUACAUCUGGCCAUUAGCCACUUAUGCCAUGGACAAAGAUGUCAAAGUGGUGGCUGUACUUUACACUAUCUUGACCCCAAUGUUGAACCCCAUCAUUUACAGCCUGAGAAACAGAGAAGUAGUACAGGCAUUAAAGAAGGCACUGAGAAUAAAGUGA